AUGGCGAGCGAACCUGAGUUUCAGCAGGCUUACGAUGAGAUCGUCUCCUCAGUAGAGGAUUCUAAAAUUUUUGAAAAAUUCCCACAGUAUAAAAAAGUGCUACCUAUUGUUUCUGUUCCGGAGAGGAUUAUCCAAUUCAGAGUUACGUGGGAAAAUGAUAAAGGCGAGCAAGAAGUGGCACAGGGAUACAGGGUGCAGUUCAAUUCAGCCAAGGGACCUUACAAGGGUGGGCUACGCUUUCACCCAUCGGUGAACUUGUCUAUUUUAAAAUUUUUGGGUUUUGAACAGAUCUUUAAGAAUGCGCUCACUGGCUUAGACAUGGGCGGUGGUAAGGGUGGCCUGUGUGUGGACUUGAAAGGCAAAUCCGACAACGAGAUCAGAAGGAUUUGUUACGCGUUCAUGCGGGAACUGAGCAGACAUAUUGGUAAGGACACGGAUGUGCCCGCGGGAGAUAUUGGUGUUGGUGGCCGUGAGAUUGGCUACUUGUUCGGUGCUUACAGAUCAUACAAGAACUCCUGGGAAGGUGUCUUGACCGGUAAGGGUUUGAACUGGGGUGGCUCGCUCAUCAGGCCCGAGGCCACGGGCUUCGGCCUUGUUUACUAUACACAAGCAAUGAUCGAUUAUGCGACGAAUGGCAAGGAGUCCUUCGAGGGUAAGCGUGUGACCAUCUCCGGAAGUGGUAACGUGGCGCAAUAUGCAGCUUUGAAAGUCAUUGAGCUGGGUGGUAUCGUGGUGUCGUUGUCCGAUUCGAAAGGGUGCAUUAUCUCCGAGACGGGCAUCACUUCAGAGCAAAUCCACGAUAUCGCAACGGCCAAGAUCCGUUUCAAGUCGUUGAAGGAAAUUGUCGAUGAGUAUUCUACCUUCAGCGAGAGCAAGGUGAAGUACCUUGCGGGGGCACGCCCAUGGACGCACGUGAGCAACGUGGACAUCGCCCUACCCUGUGCUACCCAAAACGAGGUUAAUGGUGACGAAGCUAAGGCCUUAGUAGCAUCCGGCGUGAAGUUCGUGGCGGAAGGUGCUAACAUGGGCUCUACACCCGAGGCUAUUUCUGUUUUCGAAACAGCGCGCAGCACUGCAACCAAUGCCAAAGAUGCAGUAUGGUUCGGGCCACCAAAAGCAGCUAACCUGGGCGGCGUAGCAGUAUCCGGCCUAGAAAUGGCUCAGAACUCCCAAAAAGUAACUUGGACCGCUGAGCGAGUCGAUCAAGAACUAAAGAAGAUAAUGAUCAACUGCUUCAACGACUGUAUACACGCCGCACAAGAGUACUCUACGGAGAAAAAUAUUAACACCUUGCCAUCAUUGGUCAAGGGGGCCAACAUUGCCAGCUUCGUCAUGGUAGCUGACGCAAUGCUGGACCAGGGAGACGUUUUUUAG